AUGUUAUCCUCAAUUUUCUCUUCGACUUUAAUAGGUUCAUGGUGGUUAAGUCAUUUCAUGGGACUACCCUAUACAUCUACAUAUACUACCCAUGAAGUCUCGGAAUCACAAUGUGAGAUUGGGGAAAUAUCAUCUGAUAUAAGUGAAUUAAAAGUGAAUCUCAACAAUCAAGGUAUAUCUUGUUUGGAAUUCUGCAGUUGUAGUGAAUACAUGUACGAGAAUUCGAAUGAAUGUCAAUGUUCAAAUUCACCUCCGCCACCUUAUACAUGGUAUAUAAGAGGGAUUGACGCUCAGUCUAAUUGUCAUGAACCGAAUUACAAUGUGACAAACGUUCAUGACGAAAAUGAAUUGAAAGGAUGUACGACAGGUAGUUUUUUGCAGAAUAGAUUAUCGGAAGAUUGGAGAUUGGUCAAAUCGAAACCUAGACAAUCAAGAUUCAAUCGUGCGGUGGAAAUGAUGGACAUCAUGAGUUUAGCUUAA